CGGCCCGCGCUGCGGGGACGCGGCGCCGGAUCGGGUGCCCAGCCCGGAGGCCCCAUCCCCGGCCGUGACCGCGCGGAGCAUCCGGCCCGGCCCGCCCGGGGCGCCUCAAGGCGAUGGCGGCGAAGGCCCUGGAGGCCGCGGGCUGCGGGCUGGGAGCCGGGGCUGUGGCCGCGGCCGGGGCGCUGGAGGCCGGGCCGGAGCCCCCCGUGCUGACCGCGCCCCUGAAGAAGGUGGAGAACCACAUCACCGAGGCGCAGCGCUUCUCCCACCUCCCCAAGCGCUCGGCCGUGGACGUGGAGUUCGUGGAGCUGUCCUACUCCGUGCGCGAGGGGCCCUGCUGGCGAAGGCGCGGUUAUAAGACCCUCCUCAAGUGCCUAUCGGGUAAAUUCUGCCGCCGGGAGCUAAUUGGCAUCAUGGGCCCCUCAGGGGCUGGCAAGUCCACGUUCAUGAACAUCUUGGCAGGAUACAGGGAGUCGGGAAUGAAGGGGCAGAUCCUGGUCAACGGGAGGCCGCGGGAGCUGAGGACCUUCCGCAAGAUGUCCUGCUACAUCAUGCAGGACGACCUGCUGCUGCCGCACCUCACCGUGUGGGAGGCCAUGAUGGUCUCUGCGAACCUGAAGCUGAGUGAGAAGCAAGAGGUGAAGAAGGAGCUGGUGACGGAGAUCCUGACGGCGCUGGGCCUGAUGUCCUGCUCCCACACGAGGACAGCCCUGCUCUCGGGCGGGCAGAGGAAGCGCCUGGCCAUCGCCCUGGAGCUGGUCAACAACCCGCCGGUCAUGUUCUUCGAUGAGCCCACCAGUGGUCUGGACAGCGCCUCCUGCUUCCAGGUGGUGUCCCUCAUGAAGUCGCUGGCCCAGGGUGGCCGCACAGUCAUCUGCACCAUCCACCAGCCCAGUGCCAAGCUCUUUGAGAUGUUUGACAAGCUCUACAUCCUGAGCCAGGGCCAGUGCAUAUUCAAGGGCCUGGUCACCAAGCUGAUCCCCUACCUGAAGGGCCUGGGCUUGCACUGCCCCACCUACCACAACCCAGCCGACUUCAUUAUCGAGGUGGCCUCUGGCGAGUACGGAGACCUGAACCCCAUGCUGUUCCGGGCCGUGCAGAACGGGCUGUGCGCCAUGACCGAGAAGAAGGGCCUUGAGAAGAAUGAGGCCCCUGCCCCCUGUCCGCCUUGCGCUCUGGAAGUGGACCCCAUCGAGAGCCACAGCUUUGCCACCAGCACUCUCACUCAGUUCUGCAUCCUCUUCAGGAGGACCUUCCUGUCCAUCCUCAGGGACACGGUCCUGACCCACCUGCGGUUCGUGUCCCACGUGGUGAUUGGUGUGCUCAUCGGCCUCCUCUACCUGCACAUCGGAGACGACGCCAGCAAGGUCUUUAACAACACGGGCUGCCUCUUCUUCUCCAUGCUCUUCCUCAUGUUCGCUGCCCUGAUGCCCACCGUGCUCACCUUCCCCUUAGAGAUGGCAGUCUUCAUGAGGGAGCAUCUCAACUACUGGUACAGCCUCAAGGCCUAUUACCUGGCUAAGACCAUGGCCGACGUGCCCUUCCAGGUGGUGUGCCCUGCCGUGUACUGCAGCAUUGUGUACUGGAUGACGGGCCAGCCCGCGGAGACCAGCCGCUUCCUCCUCUUCUCGGCCCUGGCCACGGCCACGGCGUUGGUGGCCCAGUCUCUGGGUCUGCUCAUUGGAGCUGCCUCCAACUCCCUGCAGGUGGCCACGUUUGUGGGCCCGGUGACCGCCAUUCCUGUGCUCCUGUUCUCCGGCUUCUUUGUCAGCUUCAAGACCAUCCCCACCUACUUGCAGUGGAGCUCCUACCUCUCCUACGUCAGGUAUGGCUUUGAGGGUGUGAUCCUGACUGUGUACGGCCUGGGGCGCGGGGACCUGGCCUGCCCGUUCCAGGAGGAGCGCUGCCCGUUCCGGGAGCCGCAGAGCAUCCUCCGCGCGCUGGAUGUGGAGGACGCCAAGCUCUACGUGGACUUCCUGGUCUUGGGCAUCUUCUUUCUGGCCCUGCGGCUGCUGGCAUACCUCGUGCUCAGGUACCGGGUCAAGUCGGAGAGAUAGAGCCUGGCCCCGCCUGUGCCCGGCCCCCGCAGCAGGCAGCCUGGAUCCAGCCCUUUGGGACUGUUUUAACCUGUGGACUUGGACCCCGGGUGCUGGCCCAGCUCCCUGCCCUCUGCCCACUCCCCCCAGGCUGCGGCCUGGAGCGCGCUGCAGCCCUCCACACUUGCCCAGGAGUCUUCCAGGGUGAUGUGGUGUGUAGCUUCCCCCCUUCUCGCUUCCAUGCCUGCAUGCAAACCCCGGGGCCGUCAUGCUCCCUCCGGCCCUAGCACCCCUCUGCUGUCUGCCUGGGAGCCCCAGUUCUCCGCGCCCCACUUACAACUGACCAAAGUGGCCCCUCUGGGGGUCCCAACCACACACGUGUUGUAAACAGCUGUUACAAAGUGGAGGUCCAGGGCUGGGCCCUGAUGGGGUCCCUGGAAGUCCCGUGUGGACGUUAGAAUGGGUAGGAAGGGCUCUGGCAGACU